AUGCAUCAAUUUCUCAGUGAUCUCUGUCCAACGGCUCGACUGCUAAAUGAAUUGUACAUGGAAUAUUGUAGGCAAGCAACAGUUGAUGGUGAGAAGAAGAAUAAACUGGACGUAGAUUACCUCAGUUCUCAUACUGAAGGUACUGUCGAUGGUAGCAAAAUGCGCAUUUUCCGGAAUUUGCCCCUCUGUGAGUGGAAAGUCUUAAAUUUUAGGUAA